AUUGACUCGGCUCAACCGAUUUAUUACCCCGUGUGUUUUGAAAAUUUACUGAUGGCGCAAGACGUUGAUAUGCUUGACAAAUGAACGAUUCUCAAAUUGUGGACUGCGGGAGAACAAGUGGAUUUGAACGAAUGAUCCUGUUGAUGAAAGCAAAUCCUUUGAUACCUGUUGGUGUGAUUGUCACUGGAGCUCUGCUUAUCCGCAUGAAGUAUGCUAGCCGUAAAGAAUUCGGACACUUAAUCUAUUUACGUCCACUGAGUCAAGCAAUUACAUUUUCAAUGAUUAUUUACACCGUAUAUACUACACCUGAAAUUUUCAACAAAAGUUCCUGUAGGUUAUCAAAAUAAAUAAUUUCACGUAGUUCCGUGGAUUUAAAGAUACAAAUAGUGACUUAAAAAUCUUAAUUAUAUAAUUUUGCAGCUGUAAUAAAAGGUCCUUUUUCUCGC